GUUAUAUAAUUAUGAUCGCUUCUAUUCUGAACAUGUAAUUACUGGUUAAUCACAAUUUUAGAUCAAGUUCAAAGUCAAUUUAAUAAUCUAUUCGUCACAAUAGUAAUUUCCCCAUACAUUAAUCAUGUAUUUUUGGUAAUCGCACACCCGCUGGCAUCUGUGCAAAAAAAAUUAUUCAAAAAUUUUAAAUCAUUAUGAUGAUUAAUAUUUGAUUGGUUUUACAACUCAUUUGUCAAUUAAUAAAGAAUAGAUUAUUUAAAGAUGGCUGAUUCAGAAGAUGUAUCAAUGGUCGAAGAAAAGGUCGAACAAACUGAAGAACAAGAACAAGAAUAUGAUUUAGAAAAAAUAAAACUAUUACCUGGCUCAUCUGAUGAUGGAACUGCUGCUUCAUUUCAAAUUAUUGAUGAAGAUCAUACUUUAGGAAAUGCUAUCCGUUAUAUUAUAAUGAAGAACCCAGAAGUUGAAUUCUGUGGUUACUCUAUACCACAUCCAUCUGAAAAUAAAUUAAAUAUCAGAAUUCAAACUUAUGGUAAUAUCACUGCUCUUGAAGCUUUACAUCAAGGUUUAGAUAACUUGGCUGAAUUAUGUACUGUUAUCGAAGAUAGAUUUAGUGAAAAGAUAGAGGCUGGAGGUUAUAAGACUGUUGAACCAUAAGACACCAACCACAGAAUUUAAUAUUGGUCCCCCCCCCCCCCCAUUAAACUUUUACUCUUGAAGCUUUUAAGCUUCACCCUUUCAAAUCAAGACAGCACCAAUAAGGGAGAGUGAAACAAAUUGGAACUAAGUUUUUUUACUUGUUCUUAAUGUAUAUUAGUAUAUCGUAAAUCUUUACCAUCCAUCCCGACUCAUUUUGCAUAUUUGUAUUUUAUAAAUAUAUAUAUGUAUCAGCUUUUAAUAUAAAUUAUAGAAUAUAUUCGAUUCAAACUAAAAGAUUAUUGAUAAUCAUUUCACAUUAUAUGUAGCAUAUAAUAAAUCAUCAUAGC